UCAGCAUCCCUCCCACUUCUUCAUCUCCUCCCCUCCUAGCUCUCCCUCCCUCUUCUUCCCUUCCCACCACAUUGUGUCAAUGUCUACCUGAGGAGUUGUUCGCCUUAUCGUUUCGUCCUUGUCAAUGACACUGGGCGCUGCCCUGGCCACAGGCGUCUUCUUAAAAGCGCUGCACCAGAGGGCAAACUUCUAUUCCGCAUGCGUAUACCUCUCUCAGAGCAGUGCGAAUCUUAUGGUAAACCUUCCCCCGCCGCAGGUCCCAACACCCCCUCCCUCUGCGCGCCGAACCUGGUCCCCAACCUCCUACGUCCCCUGGCAGAGCUAACCGAGAUCGCUCAGAUCUUAAUGAACAUUAGUCUUCUGGCGGUUGGCUUUUUCCUAUUUUGGCUUCAGCGUCUCCUCUACGGACCCCUUCGACCCAUCGAAACCGAACAGCUCUACGAGAAAGCUUGGUUUGCUGUGACGGAAACAUGUUUGGCGAUGACGAUCUUCCGGGGCGAACUGGGGGGCUGGUUCUUGGUCAUGUUCGUCUCUCUGCUUGUUGGAAAGGUUUGGGGUUGGAUCGGGGAGGGGAGGGUCGAAUUCCUCGAGCAGCAACCUCCUGCGAAUCCUCGUUUGUUCCAUAUCCGCCUGGCCGCCUCGCUACUCCUAUCGGUCUUAUUCAACUCGUUCAUGCUGAGAUACUGCGUCCGGACGGUCCUGGAACAGGCGCGACCCGAUAUGAUGGUUAUGUUCGGAUUUGAAUUCGCCGUCCUCACGAUCCUCUCUAGCUCGACUGCCGCCAGGUACUCCAUCUCCCUGGUCGAGAUCUAUAUCACCCACCGACAACUGAAGGCCAAAAUGGAGGAGCGUCGUCAAGAGAUCAGAACAGCCCGUGAUGACGCCAUACGCCAGCAUGCCGAGUCUGGGGAAAUCGGAACACCCCCCGCCCUGCCCGAUGAGAACGAUGUUGAUGAGAUGGAAUUGGAUGUAGCCGGAUGGGAAGAAAAGGGCCGCUGGAUCUUCUACCUCGACCUCCUUACCGACUUCCUCAAACUCACCGUGUAUCUUACGUUCUUCGCCAUCCUGUUUACUUUCUACGGCCUGCCGAUUCACAUCUUGCGCGACGUUGUCGUCACCAUUCGCUCCUUCGGACGGCGCAUCAUGGACUUCAUGCGUUACCGUAAUGCGACUCGCGACAUGAACGACCGCUAUCCGGAUGCAACUGCAGAGGAAGUUGCGAGGGAAGAGGUCUGCAUCAUCUGCCGCGAAGAAAUGACGGCUUGGCCGCAACCUGGGGCGGCUGCGCAGCAGCGGGGCCGGGUUUCAGAGAGACUGCGUCCCAAGAAACUGCCCUGUGGCCAUAUUCUUCACUUCGCCUGCCUUCGAAGUUGGUUGGAGAGACAACAGAACUGCCCUACCUGUCGACGACCAGUUAUUGCGGGACCCAGACCCCGCGGGGCGGGCGACGCUGGAAACCAAGCCCCCGGUAACGGUGCUGGAGGACAGCAAAACAUGGCUGGUGGUAACCAGGCGCUUGGUCAAGAUGGCCAAGCGGACGGGCUUCCCAGGGCUCGUGUUUACCAGUUUGGACCCUUCAGAAUCGGCUUUGGAGCUGGUAGAGGCGACCUUUUCCAUAACCUUCACCAGCAAAUCCACCAGGGCAAUGCCCCAUUGCCGCAGGUGAACAAUGCCGAUGCCCCGAAUGCCAGACAGAUUGGCUUUGGUUUUGGCUUUGGACGGCCUCCUCCAGUAGCUACAGCCCAGCCUGCGCCGCCUCCCCCCUCGACUGCCAACAUGCGAAACCAGUUGCAGCAAAUGGAGCAGCAGAUCACGCAGGAAAUCGACAGUCUGCGCGUCACCGCCGACCAGCUUCGUAUCGUGCGACUCCUGCAGACAGAACUUCAGCGGCUUCGAACCCUCCAGCCCAAUUCUCCUGUGCCACAGAGCAACCUUUUCCCCGGCUCCCCCACACUCGCAUCUCCGACUUCGUCAUUUACCAUGCGUCGUCAAUUUGUUUCGGACCCGCAGGCCCGUUUAAUGGAGGCCGGGGACACGCGACUGCCAGAGGGACUCAGCCUGCCCGCUGGCUGGACCCUCACCCCUCUUCACACACCCGACCAGGGGUCGAGUCGAAGAGCCGACCAGCCCGCUACUUCAACCGUCCCCGAAGCGACACCAACGCCGGCCUUUGACAACAUCCCCAUGCCCCAAAGCUCUCCUCUGCCCGCAAAUUCAACAACCGCGGGUCAAGAGGAUGGAGCUGCGACUGUGCCCGAGUCUUCCUCAACUCAGGACCCGCCUUCCUGGCAUUCUGAAGCCACACCAACAGCGUCUGGCUCAAACCCCGAACCACUCUCUCAACAGUGGACCGACCUGGCACCCGAGGCACAGCCAGAAGAUGACGAGGCUCCAUCCGAUGGGACCGAAAGUGCGCACGAUGCCGACGAAUCGGAGUCCGCGAAGGGAAAGACGCGGAUGGCCACGGUCGAAGAUGCAGUCGAUGAUGAGACGUCAUGAUGGUUCCUCUCUUCCUCCAUCUCCCAUCCAUUUCUUUUCCUCCGGCUUUUUAUACCUGGUGUCAUCUUGGUUGAUGUAUCAUCAUCUCAUUUUGCGCUAUCCCGCCUUACUGGGAUUCGUCUUUUUCUUAUUUUUUUUUUCAUCGGCGUUUUUGAAGCGACUCCACCUCAUACCCCGUUGCCUGUAUGUUCCGUUCCAUUGCAAUGUGGCUCAUGCAUGGCGAUUCCCACACGAACCUCAAGUCCCCUUGGUUGUUGCCUUGCCCGGCAAGCGGGCAACCCAGGGCUAUUACGUGUAUGUACAUACUAGAAGAAUUAUGCGGCUUUACUUGGCUCCAACAA